CCAUGCUGGGACUGUAACACUUUUUCGGAUUGCUGGUGUGUUUUCCGCGCGCUCCUGAGACAUGGCUCCGUUUGGAAAAAACUUCCUGAAGGCUCGACAGAAAAACAGGACAAAAGAUGCCGAGCCUGUGGAAGGGAAGGAGAUUCAGGUUACAGUCUGCAAUGAGGAGAAGGUCGUCUGUGGAGUAACAAAGCACACAACAUGUGCAGAUAUGAUUCAGGCGUUGCUGGAGGAUCACAAGUCAGUACCAGAGAGCAAGCGGCUCCUGCAUGGGGAACCCAAAGACUUCUGUCUUGUGGAGCGGUGGAAGGGUUUUGAGAGAGCCUUGCCUCCUCUGACCAGAAUCCUGAGACUCUGGUAUGCCUGGGGUGACCAGAGACCUUUCAUCCAGUUCACUCUUGUCAAAACCAGCGAUUUUGUGCCUCAACCCACCAAGAAAGGUGGGAAGUCCAAGGGGGCUAAGCCAAAGCGAUGGGAACAUGGUCGUACUCAGUCUACCCAGUCGCUGCCGGUAGAAAGGCAGAAGCGCAUGGUGAAGAAAGCUUUCCGGAAGCUGGAAAAGCUUCACAAGGAGAGUAAGAGCUCCCAAGGUGCUGAAGAGGUCGACCGGAUGGUGCAGCUUAUUCUCAACCAGGACCACACCAUCCGGGAGCAGAUCCAGCGUAUGAGGGAGCUAGAUUUCGACAUCGAGCAGUUUGAGAUGCAAUUGCAGAAAGAAGCGGAGGCUGAGAGUUCACUAGCUCAGAGUUUGGAGGCCCACAGCGAUGAGCAGCUGCAGAAGUACCUGUACACCAGUGAUGGAGUCGAACAGCUUGAGCUGCAGGUUCAGAGGCAUCAGGAGCUUAUCCUCCAGCUGUCCCGGGACAUUGACGCUGAGCUGAGAAGGGCCAACUUCCCUCUGAGCCAAUAUGCGGACAGUGAACAGGAAGGAGCCACCGCUGCUUCCUGGAUCCCCUUGGAGACGAACGAAUCAUUCUACACUGCUGAACUGGAGAGGUUGCAGGAUGAAGUGAAACACAGCCUCUUCACUGGCGUGUCCCUUCACAGCCAAGCGGCAGAAAUAGACAAGCAGCUAAAGUACUACGAUGCUACGCUGGUCUCCAAGGAUCAGGAGUGCUGGCAGCUGGCUGCCCAGCUGAGCUCAUUGCAAAUUGGGGACGGGGAAGAAGAGGAGAAGUCCAGUCCUGUCCCUUUGAAAAGUGAGACACUGUGCAGUGUUUCACAGACAGUGAAACUCAAACACAGCCUGUCCCCUCUAGACGUUACAGACACAGACUCAGACACUGGGAUUAGCUCCACACACAGUCAGGACUCGCUGUCACCGUGUCUCGACUUCCCUCCUCCGCUGGACACAGACGUUUGAAUAAUCCAGCUGACCCUGCAAUUUAUUGUUCUGUAUGCACUAACCUCAGUCUGUGCCUGGCAUGAGUUAUCAUUACAUUUAAGUCACAGAGCUAAGCAUUGAAAACUAAAUUCUUGGCGCACUUUUAUGACACAAGAAGGUCAUUUAACUGGAGCUGCAACAAGUAGUCGAUUGACAGAAAAUAG